AUUGGUCACCACGGUCUCCUUCCCCACGGUGGACCCAUUACCCACGCUGUUGGUGGUGUAGUUCACGGUGUUGAGCAUGUUGUUGAGCAUAUCCCAAUUGUCGGUGACAUUGCUAAAGACAUCAACAAGGGUGCUAAGGAUGUUCUUGGUAAGCUCCCUGGUAUCGGCGGUCACGAUUCUUCUAAGAUUGGUCACCACGGUCUCCUUCCCCACGGUGGACCCAUUACCCACGCUGUUGGUGGUGUAGUUCACGGUGUUGAGCAUGUUGUUGAGCAUAUCCCAAUUGUCGGUGACAUUGCUAAAGACAUCAACAAGGGUGCUAAGGAUGUUCUUGGUAAGCUCCCUGGUAUCGGCGGUCACGAUUCUUCUAAGAUUGGUCACCACGGUCUCCUUCCCCACGGUGGACCCAUUACCCACGCUGUUGGUGGUGUAGUUCACGGUGUUGAGCAUGUUGUUGAGCAUAUCCCAAUUGUCGGUGACGUUGCUAAAGACAUCAACAAGGGUGCUAAGGACGUUCUUGGUAAGCUCCCUGGUAUCGGCGGUCACGAUUCUUCUAAGAUUGGUCACCACGGUCUCCUUCCCCACGGUGGACCCAUUACCCACGCUGUUAAUGGUGUAGUUCACGGUGUUGAGCAUGUUGUUGAGCAUAUCCCAAUUGUCGGUGACGUUGCUAAAGACAUCAACAAGGGUGCUAAGGAUGUUCUUGGUAAGCUCCCUGGUAUCGGCGGUCACGGCUCUUCUAAGAUUGGUCACCACGGUCUCCUUCCCCAUGGUGGACCCAUUACCCAUGCUGUUAAUGGUGUAGUUCACGGUGUUGAGCAUGUUGUUGAGCAUAUUCCAAUUGUCGGUGACAUUGCUAAAGAUGUCAACAAGGGUGUCAAGGCUGUCGUUGAUAAGCUCCCUGGUAUCGGUAAUGAUGAUGAUUCAAAGUCAGGUCAUCACGGUCUCUUCCACCAUGGUGGACCUAUUGCCCACGUUGUCCAUGGCGUUGAGCAUGCAUUUGAAAAAAUUCCCAUUGUUGGUCCAAUCGCUGGUGGACUUAAAAACGAUGCCAAGUCCAUUGUUAAUGGGCUUAAGGAUGGUUCCGAGCUGGUCGUCGGAAAGAUCCCAAUUGUUGGUGAUAUUGCAAGCGAUAUCAUGAAAGGUCCCGAAUCCAUUGUUGGUAGGAUUUCUGGAAUUGGUGGUGAUUCCUCAAAGAUCGGUCACCAUGGCUUCCCUCCUUUCAAUGGUCCAAUUGUCCACGCUGUCGGUGAUGUAAAGGAUACAGUCGAGCAUGUUGUUGGAAAGAUCCCAAUUGUUGGUGAUAUUGCAGGCGAUAUCAAAAAGGGUCUUAAAGCCACUGUUGGUAAGCUUCCUGGCCUAAACGGUGAUUCCUCUAAGGUUGGUCAUCAUGGUCUCCUUGGCGGUCCUAUUGCUCAAGUUGCAGGAAAGCUCCCUGGAAUUGGUGGCAAACCUUCCAAGGUUGGUCACAGCGGUCUCCUUGCCCAUGGGGGUCCUAUUGGUCAAGCCGUUAGUGGUGCAGCUCACAAGGUCGAGGAUGUCGUUGAAAAGAUUCCACUUGUUGGUGACCUUCAGAAGGGUGCUAGAACCAUUAUAGGCAAGCUCCCUGGUAUCGGUGGCGAUUCCUCUAAGGUCACUCAUAACAAGAUGUUCCCUCAUGGGGGUCCUAUUGGCAACCUUGUUGGUGAGCUGAACAAAGAUAUCAACCAUGUUGUCGAGAAAAUUCCAAUUGUCGGCCCUAUUGCUAAAGACCUGAACAAGGGUGUCAAGUCCCUUAUUACGCCUCCUGGUAUUGAUGGAAAUGGCUCAGGAAAGGUCAGCCAUCACGGUAUCCAUCACUUUGGUCUUCUGGGCCAUGUCGCUGAUGCACUUGGGCAUGUUGUCAAGGAUGGUGUUGAGAAAAUCCCAGUUGUUGGUGAUAUUGCUGAAGGCCUCAAGAAGGGUCCUAAAGCCAUUCUUAAUAAACUUCCCGGUACCGGCGGCCACGACUCCUCUAAGAUUGGCCACCACGGCCUUCUUCCUCUCGGUGGACCAAUUGCCCAUGCUGUUGGUGGUGUCGCUCAUGGUGUCGAACACGCUGUUGACGGUGUAUUCCAUGGUGUUGAGCACGUCGUCGAGCAUAUCCCUAUUGUCGGUGACAUUGCUAAAGACAUCAACAAGGGUGCUAAGGAUGUUCUUGGUAAGCUCCCUGGUAUCGGCGGUCACGAUUCUUCUAAGAUUGGUCACCACGGUCUCCUUCCCCACGGUGGACCCAUUACCCACGCUGUUAAUGGUGUAGUUCACGGUGUUGAGCAUGUUGUUGAGCAUAUCCCAAUUGUCGGUGACGUUGCUAAAGACAUCAACAAGGGUGCUAAGGACGUUCUUGGUAAGCUUCCCGGUAUUGGUGGUCACGAUUCUUCUAAGAUUGGUCACCACGGUCUCCUUCCCCAUGGUGGACCCAUUACCCAUGCUGUUAAUGGUGUAGUUCACGGUGUUGAGCAUGUUGUUGAGCAUAUCCCAAUUGUCGGUGACGUUGCUAAAGACAUCAACAAGGGUGCUAAGGGCGUUCUUGGUAAGCUUCCCGGUAUCGGUGGUCACGAUUCUUCUAAGAUUGGUCACCACGGUCUCCUUCCCCAUGGUGGACCCAUUACCCAUGCUGUUAAUGGUGUAGUUCACGGUGUCGAGCAUGUUGUUGAGCAUAUUCCAAUUGUCGGUGACAUUGCUAAAGACAUCAACAAGGGUGCUAAGGAUGUUCUUGGUAAGCUCCCUGGUAUCGGCGGUCACGAUUCUUCUAAGAUUGGUCACCACGGUCUCCUUCCCCACGGUGGACCCAUUACCCACGCUGUUGGUGGUGUAGUUCACGGUGUUGAGCAUGUUGUUGAGCAUAUCCCAAUUGUCGGUGACGUUGCUAAAGAUAUCAACAAGGGUGCUAAGGACGUUCUUGGUAAGCUUCCCGGUAUCGGUGGUCACGAUUCUUCUAAGAUUGGUCACCACGGUCUCCUUCCCCAUGGUGGACCCAUUACCCAUGCUGUUAAUGGUGUAGUUCACGGUGUUGAGCAUGUUGUUGAGCAUAUCCCAAUUGUCGGUGGCAUUGCUAAAGACCUCAACAAGGGCGCUAAGGAUGUUCUUGGUAAGCUUCCCGGUAUCGGUGGUCACGAUUCUUCUAAGAUUGGUCACCACGGUCUCCUUCCCCAUGGUGGACCCAUUACCCAUGCUGUUAAUGGUGUAGUUCACGGUGUUGAGCAUGUAAUCGAGCAUAUCCCAAUUGUUGGUGGCAUUGCUAAAGACCUCAACAAGGGCGCUAAGGAUGUUCUUGGUAAGAUUCCCGGUAUCGGCGGUGACGAUUCUUCUAAGAUUGGCCACCAUGGUCUUCUUCCUCAUGGCGGUCCCAUUACCCAUGCUGUUGGUGGUGUAGCUCAUGGUCUUGAAGAUGCUAUUGAGAAGAUUCCGAUUGUUGGUGAUGUCGCUAAGGAUCUCAACAAGGGCAUCAAGUCGGUUGUUGGUAAGCUCCCUGGUAUUGGUGGUGACGAUUCUUCUAAGAUUGGCCACCAUGGUCUUCUUCCUCAUGGCGGUCCCAUUACCCACGCUGUUGGUGGUGUAGCUCAUGGUCUUGAAGAUGCUAUUGAGAAGAUUCCAAUUGUUGGUGAUGUCGCUAAGGAUCUCAACAAGGGCAUCAAAUCGGUUGUUGGUAAGCUCCCUGGUAUCGGUGGUGACGAUUCUUCUAAGAUUGGCCACCAUGGUCUUCUUCCUCAUGGCGGUCCCAUUACCCACGCUGUUGGUGGUGUAGCUCAUGGUCUUGAAGAUGCUAUUGAGAAGAUUCCAAUUGUUGGCGAUGUCGCUAAGGAUCUCAACAAGGGUGUCAAGUCGGUAGUUGGUAAGCUCCCUGGUAUCGGUGGUGACGCUGGCUCAAAGAUUGGUCAUCAUGGCCUCCUUCCCCACGGUGGACCCAUUGCCCAUGUUGUUGGUGGUGUCGCCCAUGGUGUUGAGCACGUCGUCGAGCAUAUCCCAAUUGUUGGAGAUGUCGCUAAGGAUCUCAACAAGGGCGUCAAGUCGGUCGUCGGUAAACUCCCUGGUAUCGGUGGUGAUGCUGGCUCAAAGGUUGGUCAUAAGGCUCUACCCCAUCUUGGUCUUCCUCAUCUUGGUCUUCCUCAUCUUGGUGGACCAAUUACCCAUGUUGCCGGUGGACUUAAGGAUGGUGUUGAUCAUGUCAUUGAUAAUAUUCCAGUCGUUGGUGACCUCAAGAAGGGCGUUGACUCUGUCGUUUCCAAGAUUCCCAUUGUCGGUGAUAUUGUUGAUCCUAAACACAAGCAUCAUGGUCUUUUGGGAGCACUUCCCCACCUCGGUGGCGACGACUCAUCUAAGAUUGGACAUCACGGUCUUCUUCCCCAUGGUGGACCCAUUUCACAUAUUGUUGGUGGUGUAGCCCAUGGCCUUGAGGAUGCUAUUGAAAAGAUCCCAAUUGUUGGCGAUAUUGCUAAAGAUCUCAAUAAGGGUGCCAAGGCACUUGUUGGUAAACUCCCUGGUAUCGGUGGUGAUGCUGGCUCAAAGGUUGGUCAUAAGGCUCUUCCUCAUCUUGGUCUCCCUCACCUUGGCCUUCCCCAUCUUGGCGGUCCUAUUGGCCAUGUUGCUGGCGACGUUAUGGAUGGUGCCAAAUCGGUUGUUGAUCAUCUUCCUAUUAUCGGCCCUGAUUCCCCAAAACUCGGACAUCACGGAAUUUUCGGUUUCCCUCAUCAUGGUAAGGGUAUCAUGGAUAUCCCUGCUGACGCCGGAGAAUCUGCUGGUAGUGCUGCUGGUGGUGCUAUUGAGGGUACUAAGAACUCUGCCCAUGGUGUUGGAGGUCUCGUUGGUGAUGUUGCUGGUGCUGGUGCAAAGGUUGCUGAUGCCCUUGUUGGCGGAAUUCCAAUUGUUGGAGAUGUUACUGAUGGUCUCAAAAAGGGCGCAGACGUUAUUGGCGAUGGAAUCUCUGGACUUGGAGAUGCUGCUAAACACGUUGCUAGUGGUUUCAUAGACGGCACUGAUGCUCUUAUUGGAGACGUUCCUAUUGUUGGCGACAUUACUGGUGGUAUCAAGAAGGGUGCUGACAAGGUUGCUGAAGGAUUAUCUGGUCUUGGUGACGGUCACAUUGGUAUCCCUGGACUUUCUGGUGAUGUCCCUGGUAUCGGAAAGGGUAUCCCAAGCUUCGCUGAUGCUGCUGGUGAUGUUGUCAGUGGUGUUACUGGAAGUAUCAAGAAGGGUAUUGACGUUGUCGAUGAUGGAAUCUCUGGAGUUGGUAACAUUGCAGGUGAUAUCAUUAAGGGUGCAGAUGCUCUCGUUGGUGAUGUUCCUAUCGUUGGUGAUAUUACUGGCAGUCUCAAGAAGGGCGCAGAUCUUGUCAGUGGUGGCCCCCUUAAGAUCGGAGGAGGACUUCCAGGCCUUGGUGAUGUUGCUGGUGAUGCAGCUAGUACCGUUACUGGUGGCCUCAAGAAGGGUGCUGACCUUAUUGGUGAUGGAAUCUCUGGAGUUGGUAAGGCUGCCUCAGGUGCUGCUAGCGGACUUGCUAAAGGUGUCGAUGCUGUCGUUGGCAAAAUUCCCGUCGUUGGCGACCUUACCGGUGCUGUUAAAAAUGGCGCUGAAGCAAUCGAUGACAAGACUCCCUCCCCUGGCAGUGGAUUACCAUUUGGCAUCCCAAGCAUUGGUGGUGUCGCUGGAGGCCUCGUAAAGGGUGCUGAUUCUCUCGUCGGAAAAAUCCCCGUCGUUGGUGAUAUUACUGGUGGCCUCUCCAAGGGUGUAGAUGUCGUUAGUGAUCACAAAAAGUCCCUUUUCCCCAAGUUGGGCAAAGGACAUCUCUUUGGAGGACUCGCUGAGGAAGAGACUGCUAGUAUGAUGGCAGAUUCUGAUGACUACCUCUAUGAGGCUAGUGCUCCUGCUGUUGAUCUUAGCCCUGUUGAACUUGAGUAUCCUAGCUUCGAAAUGGGUUACUUGUCCCAGGCUGACUUGGAGAACUUCGACCUUGAUUAG